ACAAACCUGCACUCGGCUUGCUCUUUGACACGUACACGCUCUCCCGCAGACACUUGCAUACCUUCACUUUGCUUUUGCAGUGGUUCGUCCCACGACGCUGCGUUCCUCGACCCUUGCAGCCCCUGCAGCCCAGAGGUUCGUUAUCGGCUUAUCGGCGCCGACUAGACAUUCGACAACUUUCUGGCCCGCACAGCUCCAACAGCUGUCGCCGGCUUCACACGACACACUCCGCUCAACCAUCAACGCGUCGUCUCUGGCUCCUUGCACCGGAUCACAUACGACUACUGGAUUCCGAGCCUCUAUCUGCUCUUCUUACUACACGCAUCGCUGUUGCCUGGUACGUCAGAGCGUAAGCAGCGCACGCACUCAACCUUCACCCCAGAGUAAGCGCAGCGGGGUAAUCCGGGACAUCUCAGGCCACAAAGUCCAGCACCUAUCGAGUUUGCGAUUACAGUACGCGACAGUGCGACAGAGACAGUCUCUUCCAUCAUGGCAUCUGUUCAGCAGCAAGCCAAUGGCAACGGCAAUGGCGCAGCAGUGAGGCCCCCAAGACCGGAGCACGAGGGCCCCCAAGAGAACAUCUUCCUCUUCAUUCCCAACUUGAUUGGCUACUCGCGCGUCUUCCUUGCCUUGACAUCGCUCUACUACAUGCCUCUCCACCCACGCACAUGCACUCUCCUCUACAGCGUAUCCUGUCUUCUGGAUGCACUGGACGGCUAUGCCGCCCGCAAAUACGAACAGAGCACCAAGUUUGGCGCCGUUUUGGACAUGGUCACGGACAGGUGUACAACAACCUGUCUGCUCGUUUUCUUGGCCCAGGCUUUCCCUAGGUGGAGCAUCGUGUUCCAGCUACUGAUUUCCCUAGACCUGGCAAGCCACUACAUGCACAUGUAUGCCACCUUAAGCAUGGGUGGUAGCGCGCGCAGCCACAAGAAUGUCGACGAGAGCAGGAACUGGCUGCUGAAGCAGUACUACUCGAACAACAAAGUUCUUUUCACCCUCUGCGCCAUGAACGAAGUCUUCUUUAUCGCCCUCUAUCUUCUCUCGUUCAGCUCACCCUACCUCUCGCCGACCCUGUUCUCCGAUUCCAAGAACCCGUCUUCACUGCAACCCGGCUCGCCCGCGGCCCCGGAGCCUUCCAUGUUCUUCGCUAGCCCCUUUUCUGCUGCAGCUAUGGAGAUGGCUCGCGCAAACAAGAUGGAUUCCACUGUCCCUUGGAUCUUCAUGGUGGUAGCGCUGCCAUUUAUGCUAAUCAAGCAAUGGAUCAAUGGGGUGCAGAUGAAGACAGCAAGUCAAUGGCUUGCCGAAGGUGACCGUGAGGCGAGGAGGCUGGCAGGCCUACCCAGAAGAAAUGGCUCGAAGAAGAGCCAGUAAACAUGUCGUUGAAAGACGAGAUAGCAACUUUCACCGCAUCGCGCAGCUGUGUCUGCCUAUGUAGGCUGUGUGGACUGGCUUAGCGUUGAGGUUCAGCUGUGGUAUGGCAAAUCCUUUGCCAAUGCCAAUUUUCUCAGCAAGGCGCGGGUAACCCAAUGGCCCCAUGCAGUGGUCUAAAGUAUACCGGUCACUGUGCAUUUCCUACACCUUCUUCCAUUAGCGAUCUUGUAGUCACUGGCGAUUUGGCUUUUUGCCCCUGGCACCAUAGUCUUUCUAUUUUCCAUUUCCAGAGUCUUGACCGCACACUUGCGCUUUAUUUGCACUACUUACUUCUGCCUUUCGUUUACAUAUUGUAACUCUUAUAGAUCGUGUCACGGCAUAAUAUUCGAACGAGCUUGGAUGGUCUCGUCCAUAAUAAUCAAGUACAGAAACGAAACAAGAAAAACAUACGUAAGAGCACUUUUCACUUUUAGCGUGAUAUGAACGGAG